AACCUGAUUUGUUUCUUUUGUUCAGUCAGAAAACUAUAAUGGUACCACUACUAUUUCCAUUUUUAUUUACUUUUGCCACUUGUGCCCUUAACCCUGUAACCCGAUUUGCAAAUCCGGGUGAAUUUCCGUAUGUUGUAUCGAUCCGGAUUGCUUCAAAUAAUUUACAUUUUUGUGUUGGUACCGUCAUUGGUGCCAGAUGGGUACUAUCGUCUGCAAUUUGUUUUACACCUCAACAUUCCUCAAAGCAAAUAGUGAAUAGUACCGAUUUGCUAGUAUAUAGUAACACCAUUAUGAGUGGUGGUACCAUCGGUAACCACAACUACGGUAAAAAUUUGGUUCUUCAUCCAGGGUUUGUUAACACCCCUCAGGUCAUACGUAACGACAUUGCCCUUCUCGAGGUCAAAAAUUCGUUCUACUGGUGGUGGCAGAAAAAAUUAGGUCUUGGUACCGUUAAACCCAUUUCAAUCGCAAGACAUGUUUUAGGGUCAGAUGGUCUUUCCCUAGCUUGGAGUACCUUAACAACAGACUUGAAAAAGUUAGUUUCACCAAAAUUGACCGUUUUUCGCUUAUCAACCACCGCAAGUACCACCAAUGGGUGUACCAACAGCGACGAAUUUAUUUGUACCAUCAACAAACCCAAUGAUCACACUUGUCAUUACGAAGCUGGGGCACCUCUUAUCAUUGACAAUGAAAAGUACCAUAAGUUGGUUGGAGUUGCGUCCCAUCUGUUCAAUGGGUGUGAGUCCAGUCCUGGGUCUUUCACCAGAAUCGAGUACUUCCUACCAUGGAUCAACGAUAUCACAAAAUUAAGUCUCCAAAUUUGAAUUAAAUGAUUAAUAAAACAUUUAUUUGUCA